AUGGGACAUGAGGAGCAUGGAGGGACUUGGCACAUGGAAGCAGCUCAACUGGAUACGCAAAGGAAGAAGGGAGAAGCCAUCUUGAAGACCAGCUCGACCGUCUACUCGACCAACCGGUCGAGUUCCUCAACUCGACCGGCCAAGCUUCAACUCGAUCGAGCUGAGAACCCACAAGAGAAUUGGACUUCUCCAAAGGUUCAACAAGUGGCAAGGGAAAGCCAUGGAAAAGAUGCAAAAGUCCAUGGACAAGAUGGUGAGCAAGAUCAAGAGUUUGGAGAAGAAAGUCUCUGGUUCUUCAAGCAAGAAGAAGAAGUCCAAGACUCCCACCAAGGAGUAAAUCUCUCCUCACCACUCCAAGAAGGCUCCCUGCCCACGAGCCUCACAGGGCCUCAUCAUUCGAGCCAAGGGAAGGAGAAGACAACUCGCAGAGGAGGAGGAAGAGUUCCAAAACUCGACGCUCCAACUCGAUCAGCGAGCUCGACCGAGCUGAGGGUCGAGUUGACCUGGAGGAGCCCCUGUUUGAGAACCUUGGGUUCGAGUACGAUUCAACGCAGUACCAGGACUUCUCUCAGACUCUCUGGACUCCCUACAACUGCUUCGAGCAAGCGCAGCUCCUCCAAGGCCAAGGUAGCCACACACAUUUCAACGAUGAAGAAGAGGAAGAAGAGGAGCCUCAAGCUCGAUCGAGUGAGCCGAACCCAGUCGAGUGGAGUGUUCCUGAUGGCCAUCUACCAUCCCCAGACCACGACCUAG